UAAAACCUAGCAGAGGCUUGGGAAAAACUAAAAAAAAUUGAAUCACUACUUGACAAUGGAUCCAAUUUCUUCUUCUUCCUCUUCGUCGAUAGCUCAAAAGACAUGGGAACUCGAAAACGACAUCGUUCCGAUGGAACCAUCCCCACAAACAGACUCAAUCUUCUACUACGACGAGUCGGUCCAAGCAAAGUUUCAACAAGAGAAGCCAUGGGUGAAUGACCCCCACUUCUUUAAAAGGGUCAAGGUGUCGGCACUCGCUUUGCUGAAGAUGGUGGUGCACGCGCGCUCCGGUGGGACUAUAGAGGUGAUGGGGUUGAUGCAAGGGAAGACGGAUGGGGAUGCAAUUAUAGUGAUGGAUGCUUUUGCAUUGCCAGUUGAAGGGACGGAGACUAGGGUUAAUGCUCAGGCUGAUGCUUAUGAGUAUAUGGUUGAUUAUUCUCAGACAAACAAGCAGGCCGGACGUUUGGAGAAUGUUGUUGGAUGGUACCAUUCCCAUCCUGGUUAUGGAUGCUGGCUUUCUGGUAUCGAUGUUUCAACACAAAUGCUAAACCAACAGUUUCAGGAGCCUUUUUUAGCAGUUGUUAUUGAUCCGACAAGAACUGUUUCAGCUGGGAAAGUUGAAAUAGGGGCUUUUCGUACAUACCCUGAAGGCUAUAAGCCAGCAGAUGAUCCUGUCUCGGAAUACCAGACUAUUCCUCUGAACAAGAUUGAAGACUUUGGCGUGCACUGUAAACAGUACUAUUCGUUGGACAUAACAUAUUUUAAGUCAUCACUUGAUUCCCACCUAUUGGAUCUAUUAUGGAACAAGUAUUGGGUGAAUACUCUUUCUUCUUCCCCUUUGCUUGGAAAUGCGGACUAUGUUGCUGGUCAAAUAUCUGAUUUAGCUGACAAACUGGAGCAUGCUGAGAGUCAAUUGGCUCAUUCACGAAUUGCGCCAUUUAUAGCACCCCAACAGAGGAAAAAAGAGGAAGAGUCUCAACUUGCGAAAAUCACAAGGGAUAGUGCAAAGAUCACCGUGGAGCAAGUUCAUGGUUUAAUGUCACAGGUUAUCAAGGACAUACUUUUUAACACUGUUCGCCAAUCCAACAAACUGCAGGCAGACUCUUCUGGCCCCGAACCUAUGGUUGAAAGCUGAAACCUGAUGUUGUUCUUUUUGUCAUCUAAGAAUGGUGAAUGCUUACCCCUUCAAGUUAUCCCGUGCCUUGUUUUAUCAGUUUACUAGUGAGACCAAUAUUUACCUUUUCUUAGCACUAGAUGUACUUGGAAUUAUGAGAAAAACACAUUGAACAUUUGUAGCUUGGUUUUGGUUUAUGUAGACCCUCUUAACAAAAGAAAGUUCCCGACGUGUCCAUUGAUCGCUUGCUUGUUUGCCUGGACAUUUAAUAUAAAUUGUUUAGCCAAGUUUGAUGAGAUAUUUAAUCCAUGAUUUAAUUAAGUGGAGUGAAUUAUUUAAA